AUGGCAUUGACAGCGAGAAAAAGCCCCCGCUACCUCGGCGGCGCCACUGCCGUCGCCGUCGAGCCAAUUUGCUCGGAUUCAGUCGACAGUCGAUUCGAGCUCGACGAGUCUGAGAUUUGGGCUGUCGACGACGUUCGUCGGCCCGACAGCCCUCCGGCCAGAAAUACUGCCAAAAAGCCCGCAAAAGCGGACUAUCAUCAUAUCCGCACGGGCCCGAGGUCUGUCCCGGUGAACGUCCCCGACUGGUCAAAGAUCCUCGGCGGAUGCCAGCCACGCGCCGCCGUGUCCCCGGAGAGCGAGGGCGCUGGAGAUGACAGAUUGCCACCUCACGAGUUUCUGGCGAGAACUCGAGCGGCGCCUUUCUCGGUGACGCUGAAGGGUAGUGAUUUGAGGAGGGUGAGAAAUGCGAUUUGGAAGAAAAUUGGGUUCGAGGAUUAA